AUGUCAAAAAACCAAGCCCCACGCAAGCACCCAAAAACAGGUCUCCGCUCUUCAACAACACGAAAAGUCGCCAUACAUGCUUAUGAGUGUGAAAACAAUUUAGACUCAGACUCUUCGGAAUCUUCCGACACACGCACGAAAACUAAACCCCUCUCAUCAAAUCUACACAAGAGAAAACGGAAAGCUAGGAGCAGCUCUACCGUCCACCAAACGACAUUGACUCACAUAAUUCAUUCUUGUUUCCAAGAUCACCCCGUUCUUCCAUUUACGGAAGAGAACAAUGUCGCCUCGACAACACCUGGUGAAAUACAAGCACCAAGUCCGGAACUGAUAGACAGAAGAGGACGAGGCAGUACAGAAUUCAAGUUGGAUGACGAGACCGUGGGUAAGAUAUGUCGGGACUUGGUCCAGCUGGGCAUAGAACUGCGCGAGAAUGCCCGCAAGCAGAUUCGCUGCAUUAAUCAAGUGGAAGAUAUUGACAAAGGUCAUACAUUUUCAAGUGGGGGCUAG